GGAAGCGCGGGGGCCGGGAGGCGAUGGGGGAUGCUCCGUGUGCCGAGGGCAGGAGGGGCUUGCGCGGAGCCGGGAGGCAGCGGGGUCUGUCGCCAUGGGGCGCUUGGGAUGGGAGGCAGCGGGGGGAACGCUGCUGGUCUGCAGGGGCCGGGAUGCUGCGGGGCAGGGAGAGCCGGCUGUUAGGGGGCUGGGUGCGGUGGGGCUGUCGGCGUGGGCAGCCUUUGAGGACGGGGCUGAAUACCGCAGAGUGCCUGGGCGCUGCCGAGCCGGGGGAGCCGGGCGCCGCGGGGCCACCGGAGGGUGCCACAGGGCUGCGCCUGGCUGCCUGGACCCGGCAGCGUGAGGCCUCGCCUUUGCCUGGGGUGGGGCCAAAUCCAAGGAUCCGCGCCCCUCGGCUGUGAUGUUGCCAGCGCUCUUGUCUGUGCUGGUGGUUGCUGUCCCAUUCCAUGGGCUCGGUGCCCCGCUGGGAUGUGGGGAUGGCCAUAGAGGGCGAGGGCUGGAUCCCAGUGCCUGGCUGGGCAGGGGAAAGUUGUGUGGCUGUACUGGAGCCUCAUCUCUGUGAUUGUGCUGCUGUGUUCAGGCAGGUGCCUGGGAACAGUGGGUCUUGCUCUGGAGCAGGCUGACUGCCUCCACUGUGGGUUCCCUGCCCAACAGCUGCUGCUAUUGUAGGUGAGGAAGCUUCUCCAGGGAGCAGGAAGGUGCUGUGUCUUUGGAGGAAAGGGCUGACCUCAACACCUGCUUCUGGCUGCAGUAUUCUGUCUUUUACCACACUGACAGCACAGGGAUGUGUGCCACCCAAAGGCUGCACCACAGGAGACGCUCCGUGUCACUCCCCCGGCCCCCUCCCCGCUGGGAAAGACGAGAUGGGACCAGAGAGCACCUGAGCCCAGAUGCUGAGGGGCCUGUGCCCCCUGCUCCGUGCAAAGAGACAUCCCGGCGACAGCGGCCCCGCAGCCUCCAGGAGCCUGGGCUCAGCUUCUCCGGCUCGGCAUCCUUGUCAGCUCAGGGAGCUGCACUACCGCCACCAGCGCGUCGGGGAGGGGAAGCCCUUCCCGAGGGACAGCCAGGCAGCAGGGUGGCCUGCCCACGCCGAGCUCCUGUCCCCCCAGGCGUGGUGCGGCAGGGAUGAGGAGCCGGCAGCGGAUGUUUGCCGCGGUGAUGCGCCUGCUCCUCAAGUGCCUGCGGCUGGGCCGGCGGCGGCGCUUCAAGCUGGUGCGGCACGUGGAGCAGCUGUGGCACUACGGGCACCUCUGCCUCCGCUCCCUGCUCUACAACUCCUUCACCAACGGCGAUGUGGUGCUUGACUCUCUCUUCGAGCCGGUCUACUGGCUGGUGGACCAUGUUACCCGGUGGUUUGGUGUGGUGUUUGUGGCACUGGUGAUUGGGCUGACGAGCUCUAUUGUGGCCAUCGUGUACAUCUGCCUGCUGCCCCUCAUCCUGCAGACCUACACACCUGCCUGGAUAUGCUGGCACCUCGCCUAUGGACACUGGAACCUCAUCAUGAUUGUCUUCCACUACUACAUGGCUAUCACCACUUCACCUGGGCACCCACCACAGGCCAAGAACGACCUCACUGGUGUGUCCAUCUGCAGGAAAUGCAUUGCCCCUAAGCCAGCUCGCACCCAUCACUGCAGCAUCUGCAACAGGUGUGUGCUGAAGAUGGACCAUCACUGCCCCUGGCUAAACAACUGUGUGGGACACUACAACCACCGCUACUUCUUCUCUUUCUGCUUGUUCAUGACCAUGGGCUGCAUUUACUGCAGCAUCAGCGGCUGGGAGAUGUUCCGGGAUGCCUACGCAGCCAUUGAGAGAAUGAAACUGCUUGAGAAGGAGAGACUGCAGGUGGCUGCCAACCAGACAUAUUACCAGACCCCACCACCCACCUUCUCCUUCCGCCAGAGAGCUUUCCACAAGAGCGUGGUCUACCUCUGGGUCCUGUGCAGGAGAUUAGACAAGCCGACCCACUUACGCGGCUGUGGGUGCGGGGAGGCAGCCUCAGCCCCCGCCAGCUGCAGUGCCAGGGAAGGAAGGCCUGUGUUCCACCUGCUGUCCCUUGUCAUAACUAGCUCGGUUGCACUGGCCCUGGGUGCCCUGACGCUGUGGCACGCUGCCCUCAUUACCCGUGGGGAAACGAGCAUCGAACGGCACAUCAACAGAAAGGAGAGGCAGAGACUGCAGAAGAAAGGCAAGGUCUUCAGGAACCCCUACAGUUACGGCAGCUGGGAUAACUGGAAGGUGUUCCUGGGUGUGGAUGUGCCAAGGCACUGGCUCACCCGUGUCCUGCUGCCCUCUCCUCACCUGCCCCACGGGACAGGCCUGAGCUGGGACCUGCCUCCCUGUGUGACGGAGCAACGCACGCCACUCCUGGCCAUCUGAGGCCCUGUGCUCUGGACAUCCCUUCCACAGGCAGGGGAGUGCAUGGGGAACCCACUCCACCACUGCAGCUUCCUUCGGCCAAAGUGCCUGGCAGAAGGCUGGCACAUAUCACUGACUGGAGCCAGAGCUACGGGAAACUGGACAGUGCUGGUGCCUGGACACCUGCCCUCUUGGCUCUUGGUGGCUGCAGGCAGCCCAGGGGCGAGGUGGCAGAGCUGCUGCUCCCUGCUCCAGCUGGACGGUGCUGCCCUCAUGAGCACAGGCACGGGCCAGCAUUGGCCCAGCUCAGCUCUCUGAAGGGCUGGGCGCAGAGGAUGCCACCCCCACGUGCUCCCUGGGGAGUCUUUUUAAGACCAUCUACUAAAUACUGUUUUUUUUUAAGGGAGUCUGUUUUUGUUGUCUUGUGGAGGAC